CAAAAGACGAGGUCGGGUUUCCAGAUCUGUUCGCUUGUCGUCGUUAAGCGUCAGAAACUCUCGCGCUGUGGAUUCCAUCGUAAAAAUAUUCUUUGGAGCAGCCUAGUUAUCGAUUCGCAGCGACAUGACUGGCUUUAUUUGGACUAGGAGAUGCCUUUCUCUAAUUCUUGUGUUUGUAGUCUUUAUUGCCUACGUAGGACUGACUCAAGCUGCCAUGAUAGACUGGGUAAACAGAUGCUGCAUCAAAGGAAGACAAAAAGCAGAGAACUUCAAAGGUCAUUUUGAGGUUUGCAACAAAGAUGACUUAGACAGGCGCACCUUCACAAGUGUCAUGGAUAGGAUGGUGUGUCGAAUGUCUGAGAGAGUCUGUUGCGUCAAAGAACUACAAAAAGUAGCAUGUGAACGCGGCAAAUACCAGGCGUUCCAAGCAAAGUCCUGUGCUCGACCUCACGGGAAUGCUGGUGCUGAUCGUUACAUUGAGUGCUGUGAUUGUUGUGCUCUGGGUAUCAAGGCUCGUUCAGUUGGAGUGGGCUGUGAUACGGUCAAGUGGAAUGAUCCAUGUAAAACAGUUUACCAGGAAUGCUGUUCUGGCCAGAAAGUUACCGCAUCGCCCUACUUGACAUUAUCACCUCCGAUUUUGACUCCUGCACCGUCUACAAAACAACCAAUAGCACAAAGGUGUGCUGCGGGUGUUUGUCAGCACAUCUGUCGGGAAGACAGCUCAAGAAACCCUAUUUGUUACUGUCGUAAUGGUUACUUUAUUGCCAGUGACAGCAAAAACUGCCUUGACGUCAACGAGUGUACGAUGAGUACUCCGGUGUGUUCAGAUGACCAAAAAUGCAUCAACACAGAAGGCUCUUACAGAUGCAUCCCAAAAUCAAAGCCAACACCUACCUUGCUGGCUGCCUGUUCUAAUGAUGGAUAUGAACUGGUACGAGGAUCCUGCCAAGAUAUCAACGAAUGUGAACGAGGUACCUCUACCUGCAGUAGCGAACAGACGUGUGUCAACACCAUUGGUUCAUAUCGAUGUACUUGUGCGCGAGGUUAUGAAGUAUCUGGCCAAAGAUGUGUCGACAAAGAUGAGUGCAGAACAAGUGAGGCACGAUGUCCUCCUGGUAGUGUGUGCAGAAAUCUACCUGGCACCUACAUCUGUUCAAGACCUAACCAAUGUCCGGCUGGUAAACGAAAAACGGCAAGUGGUUGUGUUGAUAUCGAUGAAUGUGCCGGUGGUAAUUCCCCGUGCGGUAGCGAUACACGAUGUAUCAAUACUGAUGGCUCCUAUCGCUGCGUUCCAUGCGGGAAAGGAUUCCGAGCAGAUAACAACAGAUGUGUAGACAAAAACGAGUGCACAAACGGAGAAGCGCGCUGCCCCCAGAGAACAGUCUGUAGAAACACACCGGGAUCGUAUACUUGUACUCGUAUUACAUGUCCAGCAGGAAAACGAUCAACCGCGAGUGGUUGUGUUGAUAUCGAUGAAUGUGCAACAAAUCUCGCUAAAUGCACUGGCAACAGAAGAUGCAUCAACACAGACGGAUCCUAUCGAUGUGCCCCAUGCCCCACGGGUACUCGGGCAGAGAAUAACGCGUGCGUUGACAUUGAUGAGUGUGUAAAAUACAAAAGUAUAUGCCCGAGCGGAAAACAAUGUAAGAAUGAAAAAGGUUCCUACUCUUGUCUUUCUCAAUCGCAAUGUCAAAAUGGGUAUAAACUGGUGAAUGGCCGUUGUGAAGACAUUGAUGAAUGCGUUGAAUAUAGAGUCAGGUGCCCAACAGGCCAAGUUUGUUCCAAUAUUCGUGGUUCGUACCGAUGUGAAAGACGUCAGCAAUGCACCUCGGGAUAUGAGUUUAAGAAUGGUCGUUGUCUUGAUAUAGACGAGUGUACUAUUUCUAAUGCUUGCCGCUCUGCUGGCCAACGAUGUGAAAACUACGCGGGCUCAUAUCGCUGUGUCGACGUCGUUUCCCGCUCGUGUUCACGUGGUUACAAACUUGUCGAUGGAAAGUGUGUGGUCUCUGACGACCCCUGCGCCGAUAUCCUAUGUCCAAGUGGAUAUGAAUGUAAACUCAAAUCCAACAGACCGGUUUGUAAAGAUAUCGACGAAUGUCUUAGAAACCCGUGUAAACGCGACGAAACGUGCGUCAACAAACCUGGUACUCACCUGUGCGUAUGCAAAUCUGGUUACGAAAAAAACCAGUUUGACCGCCAAUGUAGGGAUAUUAACGAGUGCUUUAGAGGAUAUUGUGAACACAAUUGCGUUAAUUCACCCCCUGGAUCAUUCACGUGUUCCUGUCAUCCAGGCUUCAGGCUGGAUAUUAACAAAAGAUCAUGCAUUGAUAUUAACGAGUGUGCGACUCAAAGGCCUUGCCAGAAUGGCCGUUGUACUAAUACGCGAGGCAGCUACUACUGUUCUUGUCAUCAGGGAUUUAGGCUAACUGCUAAUGGCCGCUGCGAAGACAUCGAUGAAUGUAAUGCAAACGUCUACGGAAGGCCUUGUGAAUAUAACUGCACCAAUAUUGUUGGAAGCUACAGAUGUGAAUGUCCAUCAGGAUAUGAACAAACAGCCGAUAGACAUUCAUGCCGUGAUAUUGACGAGUGCAAACAAGGUUCAGCAAUCUGUGGUCGUGGGACGCUCUGCCGUAACACUAAUGGCCACUACCGAUGCAUUCCAUUCUCCUGUCCUCGGCCCUAUUAUUCAUUGCAAGGUGAUAGUAAAUGUCUGCGCAAUUGUCCUGAAGGCGACCGAGCUUGUUCGCAAUUAAAGGACAAAGUGUAUCAGUUCUGGACCUUCAAUAUCGUAGUUGGUUCACCACCAGGGAAUAUAUUCGCCUACAAAAUAAUUGCUCAAGGCUACAGGAAGCCAGAUAUUCGGUAUAGAUUCCGGAGAGGGAACGAACUAGGUCAUUUUGAGAUCAAACGCGUUGGUGCCGACCAAGCCCAGAUAUGGAACCGCAUUACCUUCAGACAAAGGCAUGAUUAUGUCUUAGAAUUUGUUGGAGAGUUGUUUGAUGGGGGAGACUUGAUCUCUAGAUACGUACACACUCUUUAUGUAUUUGUCUCGGCGUAUAGAUAGGUUGGUAUAAAUAACUAGCUCUAGAUCUAGCUAGGCUAACCAGCUUUACUUGUUAGUUAGGCGGCAGUAUUAGUUAAAGGCAAUCCUUGCUAAACCGAUAAAUGAAUGACUGCAUUUGCAGUUAACGUGUUCAGCAACACCUGACAAUAUUAGGGAACACAUUAAAACRAAAUAAUGCAACGACUUUUUUCCCACUCAUAUAAAAUCUGUAGUAAAGAAAGUAGCAUCAUUAUGAUACCAUGUGUAAACCAAAAGAUCGAUGUCACGACGUGUAACGAAUUUCUGUUGUAAUGGGGAAACAUUAUAUGAUAAUCUGUAUAGGAAAUCGCACGAUAUUCUCGUACAAUUCGGAAUUUAUAGGUACGAGUUAGUGAUGGUUUUCAAAAUUGAAAGAGCCUUCAGGCCAGUCCAGUUUGAGAACUUUCAUCACGAGUAUCUAUAAAUUCCGAAUUGUACGAGAAUAUCGUGCGAUUGUUUAUAAUCACACUCAACAAAAUUGAGAAACUUAAUUGGGACUCUACAAAGUACGAUUUUGGAUUUAAUUGUACUCCUAUUGUCCAAUCAGAGCCAAGUAAAUUUGUUGAGUGUAUUAUAUGAUUUGAAAUCCGAACAGCCCGAUGAACACACCAAACUUAUGUUACAAGAUAUUAAAAAUAACGUAAAAAAAGCAAUUAUAGGUAAAAAAUAUACAAUAGUGAGUUUUAAUUAACUCCAACAGUUGUUGGCUGUUUGAUGCCACUGAGACGUCAGCAGAUAAGACCUAACACAAAUAGGAGAAGCCUCGCGUCAUCAUGAGGUACAAUGACUCAAAAGGGGACAUGUUAUAAGUUAGACGACUUGCUGCAAAUAAGAAACUAGUUCCUGCAUGGGUGCUAGACGAGCUGCUACAAAUACAAAACGAGUUGCUGCAAGGUAGACGAGUGCUGCAAAUAAGAAACGAGUUGCUGCAAAAAAGAAACAAGCUGUUUCUCAAGUCGCAACUCGUCUAACAUGCAGCAACUCGUCUAACAUGCAGCAACUCGUUUAUCUUUUGCAGCAACUUGUUUAUUAUUUGCAGCAACUCGUCUAUAUAACAUGCGACAACUCAUUUCUUAUUUGCAGCAACUCGUCUAACAUGCAGCAACUCGUCUAACAUGCAGCAACUCGUUUCUCAUUUUCAGCAACUCUCAAACGUGCUGCAUGUCCCUUAUGGGCCAACGUGCGUAAGUGAGGGGCCCUCAGCUAUAAAGUGAUCGGUGUGAUUCUAAAACAUGGUGCCUAAAAAUGGUUCAAAGAUAACUAUAUAAAAAAAAAGAUAACUAUAUGGAUACUGGUUUUUGAUUUAAACAGAAAGCAUCAUGUCGUGCCAAGUUUAUCAACACCUUCUUAGCAUCACUAACGCAUGCAGACUUCAUGAACUCGAGUCUCUUAUCGUACGUAGUCUUGUCUGUAGGUGGAGCUGAAGGAAUCCUUUGAUAGCAGAUCCAGAAGAUCAGAAGUUUUCAAUCCAUUUUUUACUGGAGGUAAAAUAGGAAAAGGCUUCCAAACUGUGACAAUCUGCGGAUUGAAUCAAAUAAAUGAAUGUCAAGAAUAGGACAAAUGGCCAUCUUAAAA